CUGUCAAGGUGUGUGCAGAUGUCGUGCACCGCACAGUGCAGAGCUACUGAAGCAGGACUCUAGUGUGCGUUCUUUCUUUUCUUUUCACUGGCGCCAUGGUCGACAUGCAAGCAGUGACAGUAAAGAUAUCUUCGAAUUUAUGCAGUUAUUAAUUACAACUUGCAUCCGUCAAAGUGCAUCGUGUUGAUUUAGCCGGAGAACUUCGAAAAUGCAACAAUGGCGGUUCGCAGAGAGUGAUCAGUCAUCGGGCCAGACGAAUUAGGGCGGUGUGUCGUCUGUUCGCAUGACUAGUUGAUCCAUGUAGGAACAGUUAGUUACCUGCGUGUUUGUUUUUCGGGAGACGGGCACUGUUUUUAUUCACCAGUUAUCUGCCUUGAUUUCUGUAGUCAACGACGAGUGGUCCUAAUGCUGAUGUCACUGAUUUACUUCAUCAGGCCGAACGAGUUAUUGAGCUCCAACGGGACAUAUGGGUUGUUGAGCAUGCGAGACCCUGCGAAUGGAUGCCUAGAAUGGAUGUAAAGGGCACAUGUUGACUGGAGCCAAUGGCAGGGUAAAGCAAUUGCACAAGCUUGUCUGGCAGCAGCAGCAUCACUGGAAAUGGCUACCAGCUUCUUUAUGUAACUGACAAAGUCUGAAGAGGUUUGGGCUGGAAGUGCCGAUGGCCAAGAUGGACAUUGAGACAGUGGUGUGCUGUGGUGCCUGUGCAGCUGAUGUAUCCUGGAAAUCUUGGAGCAGCAGCCAUGAUAAUGUUGGUGUGUUUGUUGUCCCUGGUGAUGCUGUGAAGUGGGUCAGGCUGCACCUCUGGCUGGCCUGACCAAUAGGAGAUAAACGCACGCUGAGUGUGACGGUGGAACUGGAAAGAAAGGGCGGUGCUGCAGUGGGGGGAGGAGCUGUGAAGCGUGGUCACUUCCGUGAGGCGGCCAUGUUUCGUAAUGUCUUUGGAGGAUGCGUAUCAGAUCGCAGCACGCGGACGGAGACCUUUCGCUCCACCAAGCUAAAGUUUGGAGUGCCAGUCAAUGUUGCUUUAAAGAAUGGAAACCUUCCAUCCCCACUGGUGGAUAUGCUAGUGUAUAUUGCCAAGGAAGGGGUAGCAACUGCAGAUGUCUUUCGGCGACCAGGCAACCCUAAUGACAUCCGUCGCAUUGUCAAGCGUUUGUCAGAGGGCCGGCAAGUGAUAUAUCCGAACUACAGCUUUUACACACUAGCCUCAGUUGUCAAAAAAUUCCUGCUCAAGAUUCCUGGUGGUGUGUUGACUGCUGAUGGAGAGGAGACCUUGCUGCAGGUGCUUACACUGGGCCACCGGCUAGAGCAAUGCCAGGCAGUUCAUGGAUUCAUUGAAUCACUGAGCAGAGCUCAUCAGCAGUUGCUGGCCCUGCUGUUUGGUACAUGGUUUCGCAUCAUCUCUUAUUCGGAGAUCAACCUGAUGUCAGUGGAAGCAUUGUCUCGUUCGGUGGCUGGGUCAAUGUUCCACACAUGUGCAGAGGAUCCAGCUAAAGUGGAGAAAGCCUCACGCAUUAUGCAGCUGCUUAUUGACAACUUUGGCGUGGCAGCCAUGUUUGGUCAGGAGAACAUCCAGUUCUUUGCAGAGACCACUCACACAGGAAUCCAUGUCCGGGAACUCUUUCAUUAUCACUACCAGUAUUCAUCUCAGGAAACCUUGCCACCGGUGUCUCCAGACUUCAUCGAAGUAUCUCAUUUGGAAGGGGACAGUGACCAUGAGGCUGGUGGGGUUGAAAGUGAUGAAAUGGGUGUAGGUGGAGACAGCCCAGAACUAUCUCCCCUGGCAGGCCUGAGGAGGCAGCUUCCAUCAUCAGAUGCAGGACACGAUGGAGACAUAUCUCAACUAACCAUCAAUGUCUCUACGCUUUCUGCACCUGAGGUCUCACUCAUGCCUUCCCCAGAGGUGUCAAAGAGACCGAAGUCACUGGAGGACAACUUGAAUGAGAUGCGUUCCUACUAUCAGUCUCGGAGUCUUUCACGCUUCAACUCUGUGAAGCGUAAGCAGCUGGAACGCCUCCGACAGCGAUCUGACUGGUUUCUAUCACCUACAGUUAUCUCCACUUGCAGUGUGGCUGGCACAAAUAUCCUGGGCCACUCUUUCAAGCACUCACACCACCACAAUGGCAAAAACAACGGCAGCUCAAAAAAUGGAGGAGGAUGCAGUGGCACUGGCUGCGGAAGCAGCAAUGGCUGUGGAAGUGCAAAGAAUUCUGGCAACUCUGUGACUAAAGCUUCGUCUGAGGGCACCGUCUUGGAGGCUUUUUCUGACGCAGACUCAGUGUUUACAGAUAAUAGUUCUCGCUCUGAGUCCCCGGCCUCCGAGCCAGUUUGGAGUCAUGUGCUGAAAGCCGAGUCCCGCGAAGUCAUCCACAGCGACACCCUGGCAGAGAUUGCACUCCCUCACGUCCAGUCUCAUUACUUUUUUGACCACCGCCAUCACCACCAUCACCGCCAUCAUCACCACCACCAUCAUCACCACCACCACCAUCAUCAUAACUGCAAGCAGACCUCAGGAGUGUUAGAAAUCUGCGCUGCAGAGACAACUUCAGCCUCACUAGAGACAGAACCUGAGUGGCAGAGCAAAGAUUUUGUGGAAGAGCAACAGCUCACACAGGCAUGUGACACCCCUGGAUCAUGGUCAAGUCCGGGGGAUGAUGUGAGCACAUGCCUCUGUGUGGCAGACGAAGGUGAACUCCAUGAGCUUGAUGUAAGCUCAGGGGGAUUUAGUGUGGACCUUUCUGGGAUGAAUUCCAGUACUGACAAACAUGAUGUGGAAAGCUCGAGUCUCAUGGACAACCCAGCUGGCAUAGAAGUGACAGCUUUUUCCGAAGAGGGAGGUCUAACUGGGUUGGAGGAAGACACUUUUGAACGUAAGGCUGACUCACUGGUGAUGGAGGUUGCAUGUCCAGAUACACAUCUUGAUAUGAUGGAUGCAGGAGAUGCUGUCCAAAGAGCAGCAUUUGAUGUUGGAGAGGCAACGGACCAGAAGGGCCAAAGUGUCGAGCAUGAGGAGAGCUGUGAAACAGGGCAGCCUCGCACUUCAGCUGACCACUACUCUUAGCACUUUCUGGGGUUUUUUUUAUUUGUUUGGUUUUUAAAAAAUUUUUUUUUUAUCAAAAUUGGAAGGAGAUAAAUUAUGUUUGAGUAUGUUUAUGGUUUUGUGCAUUAUGUGUGUGUGAGAGAGUGUGCAGUUGUACAUGGAUAUAUGUCCAUAUAUAAAUGUGUAUGUGUGCCUGUAUGCACAUGAUGCUUUUUUGGAUGUUUACCCACUCAGCAGCAAUUAAAAAAUGGAGCCUAGCCUUUGAAGUUACAUAAAAGGAUGAAAGGUCUCGGUGUGUACCUGGUAUAUUGUAGAGCCUGUGUUCUGGUCUUAGUUAUAAUUACAGAAUGCAGCUCUUGGUUUCAAUCUCAGCUAAUCACAUUUGAAGUAUGUAUGCCAAAUUAGACAAGCCACAUGGUGUAAAAUAUUUCACCAGGAGGUUUUAAAUAUACUGCAAAUACACAUAGAAUGUCAUACAGUAAAAUCAAACUGCUUGUUGUUAUGUCCUGUAAAUUUUUGUGUGAUUAGAACGUACUUCAGAUAUAUGACCUCUCAUUACACCACACUAAAGAUAUCUUACCCUUUCGAGUGAAUUUUUAAAAAAAAUGAAGUUUUUUUAAUGAAUCUUUUAAUUAUUAGUGUUUUAUGAGAAGUUGUAUCAAAAUAUUUCCAGUGGAUCUUUUCCAUUUGUGAUGGUGUAUGUAUGAUUUUAUGUAUAUAGUGAUUAUAAAAGGACAGAUGAAGGUAGAAUGUAUUCCUGUAAUUUUUUUUUUUUAAUGGCCAUGAAGGACUGGAGUGACAUGCCUUUAUGCAUUUAUAUAGUUCAUCAGUCCUUUUCCUUUGUUUUCCUUUAUUUUUGUUUAUUUUAUUUUUUUUUUUGCGGAAAAAUUGAGUUAAACUUGUGGACACUAUGAAGCAUUUAUAUGACCAUGUAAGAAAAAUUUCUUCAAUUCUAGUGAUACCACAGCGAGCCAUUGUAAAGGGGCUGUUCAUUAGGUUGUACAAAACUGCGUUGGUGAAGUCACACAGAAUAGACAUCACACCUAAUUCCAGGCAUUGAGAUGGAAAGCCCUUCCAGUCACUUCUCUUGUGUGGUCAGUGCUUACUUUUUUUUUUCGGAAGUGAGUUUUUUUCGCAACUAGAAGUGAACUGGAAAAUUGUCACCCUUCACAGGGCUUAAGCAGUGUCUAUAGUUAUUAUGAAACUUUUUAUUUUCAGUCCUACAAAAAUCAUACAACAAAAGAAUGUUUCUUAUGACAAUGUGUAAGGGUAAAUGAGAAAAGCUGUUGAGGAUACAGAUUCGGGCCCACAGAAUUUUGUGAUGUUCUGCAUGCAUCAGUAACAUGAUGUAAAUGGAGCAACAGGCUGUUCAUAUAUACACACAUGUGCAUAUGUAUGUGUGUGUGUUUUGUGAAAUGUAAAAGUAGUUUAAAACAAGAGAAUUUUUUAUAUGUAUAUCUUCAUGUGAGGGUGAAGAAGUUCCAAGUACCUUCAUGGGUGGAUCUUCCUUUAUAAUUAAGGAUCUUUCUACUGGAUGGCUUUGUUACCUUUAUAUUGUCCAGAUCUGUUCUUUCAAAGAUGGAAAUUAUUUUACAAACAUUGACUGUGGUACUUUGUUGAAAACAGUUUAGUUGUUGAUAUAUUAGUUGCCAAUGGCUGUAGAAUUAAUACCUUAUUCAAUUAAUUUUAGUGAUAUUUGUGCUGCAGAGGUUUGCACAGUUGUAAUGUGCACCUGAAGUGAAGCAAGAACAGUUGCAAGAUCUAAUGAUGUCAUUAUUCUAUUGUAGAUUGGCAAAUCUAGAAAAUGCCAAAAUGGAUUGAUAGUUUUUUUGUUUUGUUUUUUUUUGGCUACAUUCUAUCAAGCAACUCAAUCCAAAUUACAGGCUGGUAAUAGACAUAUAUCUUUAAAAACAACAACAACCAAAAAACCCAUGCAACUCAAGAUGAUUUGAAACUCAAACAACCUUGAGAAGCAGACUCAGUGUCAACCUGGAGGAGCUAUAGUGGGCUCCAUUUAACAUGCAGAGGUGAAAAAUGCGUGAAUUUCCUGAGCCUUAGCAUGUAUACGGUGCACACUUUACUGUAAGAGUUUAUCCUAACCUACCUUGUUUUUGUUUGUUUUUUAAGUUUUGGAAUGUCUGUUGUAUCAUCGUAGUACAGAGGAGGGAGGGUUGGUGCAAGAGGGGUUGCCUAACAAUGCAUUCCCAGUUAGAGAUUUUGGGUUAUGCAUUCUUUUUCUGGAUGGCUUUUAAUACACAAAUGUGUGAUGUUCUAGUUAUGGUGACCGUCUUUAUUGUGAAGUUGCAAAUCAUGCCAUGAUGAAGAGCACUGGUAAGAUGUUUACAUCAUUUCAAGUUUACACUUGAGUUGAGCAUGUUGAUCACCAUUUCUUUGUGCAGAAAGCUUAAUUUUUCAAAUUAUAAGUGGUGUGUUGUUGGACUUAAAUUCUGUGAAAAUGUACACCAACCUAGAUUUUUUAUUUUAAAAAAUCAUGGUGUGCCACUUUGUUGGCGGACUAUGAUUGUUGGGAAAACGUCAGCAGAAUUGUCUAGAAAGUAGAGCAAAGCAAUGCAUGUGGUUCCCUUCACCUCCUUGCUUGGUAUGUUGAUAUGUGCACUUUAAGGUGAAUAUUUAGUUGUGUAAAAUGGUUUAAUGUUACAAACUUGGAAUGUUUAAAAGGUAAAAGUGUCCAGUCUGUAAUAUGCAAAGCUGCAGUUCUUCUAUUUAUUCUUUUUUUUUUUUUUUUUUUUUUUUUUUUUUUGUAACUAUUUGCUGGCUCUUGCUUAUGCUAAAAAAAAACUGCCGGCAUAGACCUGUAUGUGCAUGAAUGUGAGAGCACAUGCUUUUGCUCUUGUGGAUCUGCAUGUGCUUGUGGGCUGCUAAGUAAUACUAGAACACAGAUUUCUUGCAGUGUGCAUAUGCACCACGUUGAUGUGACCUUAUGUACCAUGACCUUUCACCAGUGUGAUUGUGUCUUUUUAUGUUUCAGGUGUGGCCUGUUGUACUACAUAUGAUGUGACUGUAUUUCUGUCUCAUGGGCUUUAUGCUGCAGGGUUCUGUGCAUGGGUGCAUAUACCCACAUGCAGGUGUUUGCUUGCUUGUGCGCACCAUGUGAGUGUAUGUGCUUUACAUAGAUUUAUGUGCAAUUCUUUUACUGAUUCUUACAAAAAAUCAAUUCAAGCAGUUGUUUUUCAGUCAUUUGCUUUAUUCCAUAUGUUACUCCUUAAAUGUUUCUUUGCUUCCUUGACUGUUCAGUUUUUGACCUUCAGUAUUGCUUUUGUGCUUGACCAGAACAUGACUUUUAGAUUGCAUGGCAUACAAUGUAACAUUGAAAUCCUAGCUUGUAGGGCUUUUUUCCUUUGUCCUUGGUGCAUGCCAGCGAGCAUGUUUAGUUAACCUCAUUAAAUAUUGUCAAAGAGAAGCUGACAAAAGUGCUUAAGCUAAGGUCUUGCAGUUACAAAUACCAGCUUGUUUGUAGACUUCGUUAUAGGAAGUCUGCCAGAUAUAAAAGAUGUUGAAUUUCAGGUAAAAUCUUAAAGAUGUUCUUUUUUUGCAAAUCCAUACAGGGGAUCAUACUUAAUAACAGGAUCGUUCUUGUUGUUUUUUAAAUAAGGUGUCUACAAAUGGUGCAAUUUUGAUGGCACUGUAAUCCUCUUGCCAGAAUGGGAGUGGCUUUUAGUCUUCCCUUUGCCAACACUGAAAGCCAUGAGAUUUUUUUAAUUUACCAUAACACAAUAUUUUUUCUGUACUUAUUUAGAUAUGAUGUCUUACACAAUAGUUGUGAUGAUCUGGGUAUGUCUGGUUCACCCACCAUCAACACUUUCCAAGAAAAGUUGUGGUUAAACAGCAGGUGGUCUACUUUUGUAGGCUUACAGCUCUAAGAGUAGCAGACAGAAUUUAUUGUAGCCAGAGCCUUAAUAGAAGUCAAUCACUACAGUCAGAGCAAAGGAAUGCUAUAUUUAUAUUGUUUAGUUCUUGUUGUUGGAGACUUUUUUUUUUUUUAAGAAUCUCAUGUUGGUGAUGAUAGGGCAGAGUUGACAUUUUAUUUAGAAGCUUUUGGUGUGCAACAUUGCUCGGCUGUGCAAGGGUGCUCGUGAAGUUUCGUUUAAUGGUUCUUGGAAGUGCCUACUGUGAUUUUUGUUUUCCCCCACCCCUCUUCCCUGGUAAAUGGCCAGCCCUGUGCAUCCUGUUGGUGACUCCAUACAUCAUAUGGAAACUCCCUACCCUACUGUUGACUACAAUUUUGGUCAGCAUGCUUUUGUAUGUACCUUUUCCUCACCAUGCACAACAUAUAAAUACACUAAACAGGAACAUUUACCCUACACCCUUCAUCAGCAGGGCAUACAGGGAAUGUCAUCUCAUGCACAGCUUAGAUUCAAAAGGUAUAUUUUAUAUUUUAGUCUUUUACAGAUAAAUCAUUUAAGAACUGGAAGAAGACUGUUUUAAGCAUUGCCUAUCAGUGUGGUGGCUUUUUUUCCCCUCCCACAAAUGUCUAGUAAUCAGAAAGACAUCUAAAAACUCGUGAGAGAAGAUGACUGCUUGUGGCCACCAUAAUGUAGAGCUAUAUGUUAGUUUAUCAACAUGUGUCCCAUAAGCUGUUAGAUUUUCAAAUAUUGCCACAGGUCAAGGUAUAAGUACUUUUUUAGCGUUGUUAUAAACAGUUUGUGCAGGACGUUAUUUAGUCAAAAGCUUCCAUUGCAGUCACAUUAACAUUUGGUGACAUUUUUAAUUGGUUGUGUUAAGUGGGAUUUAAAAAAAAUUUUGUUAUUUUGUUAUGCGAAUCAGAAAGCCCAGAUUGUCAACUUUUGACAUUGCCAACUUGUUUGACCAAUAAAUUUCAACAUUUUUUGCAGCAUUUGGAGGGACAUACUUUUCUUGUAUUACCUGCAACUUGUAAGUGCAAAUACGUGACAAAAUAUGAUCCUCUUAGACAGCCAGAAAGUGGUAACAUUUUGAGGAAUCAAGCCUUGGCAAAUGUCAAUUGUGUGCUUUAAUGUAACCUUGCUUGUAGCGCGAGACACAUUUGUGUUUAUUUUAAAAUCUCAGAAAAGUUUAAUCUUUGAAAGACCAUUCCCCACUGAUCUUUUACUUUUUAAAGCACAGUGGAUUGUAGAAAAAUGUUGCUAUAUUUAAUGACAUGAGAAUUCUUACAGUUCACCAAUAUAAGUAAAUUGUUAAUUUUAAGUUUCAUCAUGUCAGUUUUAAAAUAAGUUUGCAUGAUUUAAUUGCAAUCACUAAUGUAUUUCAGGGAUUAAAAAAAAAUGCCUAAUCUGACAUCUGUUUAAAGAAAAAGCAUGUUCAGUUUAAUUAGUCCACCUCAUGAAUGAAGAUCUUUGGUAUGAUUGAAGAACCUUCUAAAAUCAGAUUGAGCCCAUUUUAGGGUCUUUGUCAUACUCCAAAGAGGUGUCUGAGACAGACUCUUGUUACUGGCUACCUUUACGCAGCUUUAAUUUGCAGCAAGCGUUGCAAAUAUGGACAAGGCUGGAAGUUUUCGUUUACUCCAGCACCAGAACAAGACCAGAUAUCUCUGCUCACUUGUGUGUACUUUCUGUUUAAUUGAUUGCAGCAUUCUAAUUCGCAAAAUUUUAACAGUUCUUGUCUGAUGACGUACAAGUCAUCAAACACUUGCAUUCUUACCUGGGCAUGUAAAAAGGUGAUCAUGGGCAUUGUAGGACAUUAGUGUCAUAAACAGACGCUUCCAGCCUCCCAUUAUCUGGUGCCUUGAGAAACAAGUCUAUGUAUUACAAUAAUGUCUCAGUUUUAACCUUUUUCUUGGCACAGAGAAUGUUGGUGUUUGAAGGCUUAUAUGCUCGGAAUAGAAAAGGAUUGUAAUUUGUAAUGAACUCUUAAAGUUGUCUAAUUUUUUUGAAAAGCCAUUAACACACUGGGCCCUGCCUGUGACUAUAAUCAUCACAUGACCUUUGGUCACUGCAUGUUAAUACAGUAGCUGUCAGAAUUAUGCAGUGUCCAAUGCUAAUGGUCAGUGCGUAAAGGGAUGCAGAAAGGUCUGCAGCAGUAACUAUUUACUACCUGCAUGAGAUUUAUUUAUUUUUAUUUUUUAUUUUUUUAAAGUCUCAAACAGUUCAGUUUUUGGAGCUCCUAAAAGUGCAAUAUAUCUCAUGAUCACAAGCUUGUGCCUCUUAAACAUAAAAAUGAAUACAAACUUCUGAUGGAAUUGCUAGAUUUUCUGAUACUAAACAAAUUAACCAGAGUUCUGAAAUUUGAGUCUUCUUCAUUUAAGAGUUGUUGAAGUUUAAAAAUGUAGUCAGUGAAAGAAUAUGCAGUUACAUUUUUAGUACUUCAAAGCAUGCUUUUUUUUUUUUUUUUUUUUGCUUUGCAUCUUUCUGCUUUGUGCUCAAAUGGCUAGCACACCACUGUAUGUGUGUUCAAGUUCUCAGAAAUCCAGUUAGCUGCCUCUUGCUCUGUGCAAUAGUUGUUGGCUUUCAAUAUUUAGCAGUGUGAUUCACCUUCGCUCUUGGUCUCUUGGGAAUGUAUUCACUCGGACUCUCUCUUCCUCUGGGGCAUUGCUAUACCUGGCAUGUCUUUGCUUUCUGUUGUCAGCGAAAACUGCCAUUGUGGUUGCAAUGUGAACUGCUUGACCACUAAAAAAAAUUGUUGUAGUGUAGACCAGAAGUACUUGCAACCAUCAGAGCUUGUCUUCAGAGUGCACAUCAUCCAAUGUUCACUUUAAAAGAAACAACCAUUUUUAAGAGGGUGAAAAUUUGAAUAUUGGGGUUGCAUAUGAGAAUAAAUCAGGUCAACGUCCUGUGAUCCUGAAGUAGGAUUUUAUAAAAGUUGUUAAAAAAUUCCCUGCCUUGGAUUUUUAUCUUUAGAGAUCACUAGCUCCCUUCUAUUUUUUGAGACCUUGCCAAAGAUUUGUUCUUCUGGGUGGUGAUUGUGAACACCAGGUGUAUGCAUGCAUCAUGCUGCACCAUUUGACCAGCCUACUCUUACUGCCACCCCUUUUGCCUCCUCCAAUUCCAUCCUCCCCCACCCACCUACUUUGAUUACUGUAUGCUGCACUGAAUGUCCUUGCUACCUCCCAGCCCAUCCCAGGUCACAUGCGCCCAGUCCCAGCACCUUACAAUCUACAAUACCACACAUCUAAAUACUUUACUGUACUCUACAGCUUUAUACUGUACUGUACUGUACAAUAAACUUCAACUUUACUGUCA